UUUAUUGACAUCCCUUUGGAAUAAACAUUGAAAACUUCCUCCUCUUCUAGUGCAUCGUAAUAUUUCCUUCUCCUAUCAAAGUACAAUCAACCCCGAAAAGAUUUCACAGACAACUGCUGUUGACAAUUGAUUAGACGACGACGACGACGACGACGACAGUGAGCAGGAAGAUGAUUCUCAGCGGCCCUCAAAAGUGACCGACUUAUCAUUUGUGCUGGGAUGAUUACUUUACGACGACUGUGGCACAGUCUGUGCGCGCUCCCCAACUGUUUUGGGUUCUGUCUGUCUCGCGAUAUCCGCGGUAUCAGUUCGCACUGAGAAGCGCCGAAGAUUAGUGGCGGCCGGGCUUUUGUGAUAAUUGCACCGGGGUGCCCUAGCAGCUCCAGCAGAAAAACAUGAGUUCCGCGCCGGAGGAGGAAGAGUUGCGAUCCCUAAAAUCGAAAGGAAGUCGACCGGUCAACUAUGAGAGCUGUAAAACGGACAAUGGAGUUUCGUGUGGAGUCGAGUGUGUUAAGAGGCAGGUUCGUCAGAGGAUAAGCAUCCUGAACUGGAUUGCGAACUACAAUCGGGAAGAUGUGAUAUCGGAUUUUAUCGCCGGAGUUACACUGGGAUUGACCAUUAUUCCGCAGAGCAUAGCGUAUGCGGCGCUCGCUGGAUUACCGUCGCAGUAUGGUCUUUAUUCGGCUUAUAUGGGAUCUCUGGUCUACGUCAUCUUCGGCACGGUCAAGGAGGUCUCGAUCGGACCUACGAGCCUGAUGGCCCUGCUAGCCGUCCAGUACACCAUGGACAAACCGAUCCAGUACAUGAUCAUUCUCGCUUUCCUAGCCGGCUUGGUUGAACUGCUGAUGGGCGUCCUCAAGCUAGGUUUCCUAGUCAGUUUCAUUCCCAUCCCGGUUACAUCAGCCUUCACGUCCGCCACCGCCCUGAUCAUCGUGGGCACCCAGCUGAAACACCUCUUCGGAAUUCCCUCCAAGGCGCACGGAUUCUUCCAGACGUUGUACAGUCUCACGACUCGGAUCGUGGAAAGCAAUCCGGGCGACCUGAUCCUGGGCGGUUUCGCCAUCGCCUUCCUCCUGGGACUUCGACAGAUCACACGAAUCCCAAUCAAUGACAAAACUCCCCGCGGGAAAGUGCUGAAAAAGUUCCUCUGGUAUCUGAGCUUAUCGAGAAACGCGUUGAUCGUACUGAUCACCUCGGCGAUCGCAUUCCGGUGGAACAGUUCCGGCGAACAGGUGCCCUUCAAACUGUCCGGUCACGUCCAGCCAGGCAUUCCCGGAUUUGAACUGCCGAUCUACAGCGUCCAGUCGGGGAAUGUAACCAUCGGCUACUUCGAGGUGGUUCGGGAGCUGGGAAGCAGUUUGGUGCUGGUGCCGCUGGUGGCCGUCCUUGCCAACGUGUCGAUCGCGAAGGCGUUCUCCGCCGGCAAGAUUGUCGAUGCCUCCCAGGAGAUGAUCGCCCUCGGCCUGUGCAACCUGCUGGGGUCCUGCUUCAGUGCGAUGCCCACGUGCGGUGCCUUUACCCGAUCGGCUGUCAGCCACUCCAGCGGAGUUCGAACGCCUCUGGCCGGAAUCUACUCGGCCAUCAUGACCCUGUUGGCGUUGAGUUUGCUAACCCCAUAUUUCUACUUCAUUCCCAAGACCACCCUGGCCGCGGUCCUGAUCUGCUCCGUGGUGUUCAUGGUAGACUUCAGCAUCGUCAAGGUCCUCUUCAAGGCGUCCAGGACGGACAUUCUAUCGUGGGUUGGAUGCUUCUGCGUGAGUCUGUUCGCUGGAGUUGAGGUUGGUCUACUCUUCGGAAUCUUCAUCAGCGUGAUCGGCCUGCUAAAAGUUUGGGUCCGACCUGGAAUUCAGCAGGAUUCGAUCGAGAAGCAAGGACACCGGUACGUGAAACUCAGUCCGGAGACGGGGAUAUUCUUCCCCGCGGUGGACUUCCUACGGACCAAGGUCAUUGAGGUGGCCAACGAACAACAGGUUCCGAUUGUCGUGGACUGCUCAGGGGUCAUAGGGCUAGAUCACACCUCGACGAAGGGUAUGAAGGAACUGGCGGGCGAAUUGAAGAAGGUUAGUCAGAAGCUGAUUCUUCUGAAUCUGAAACCUUCACUAAGGAAGAUCCUGGAAGAAAGUGACGAAGAGAUUUUCAACUUCUGGGAGGACGAGACCGACGCAGAUGGCGACAAUAACAAUGUUGUUCGAAACAUUGGUUGAAAUUGUGUCAUAUUGGUGUACCUACCAUCAUGCCGUACUGUUUGCUGUGAAAUUGUUAAGACUUAUUAAAUACAUGUACAAAAAUGAAAUAAAAUAUUAAUACCGAUUGCA